ACAAAGAAACAGACAGAUGAUUUAGGUGAUAAUGACGGUGCUGAAGAUGAAGACAUUCGGGACAGUGGGGGACCUAAGCCUGUGAUGGUGUAUAUUCACGGAGGGUCCUACAUGGAAGGCACUGGAAAUUUAUAUGAUGGCAGUGUUCUAGCAAGUUAUGGGAAUGUGAUAGUCAUCACAGUCAACUAUCGCCUUGGGGUACUUGGAUUUUUGAGCACUGGGGACCAAGCAGCAAAAGGAAACUAUGGCCUCCUUGAUCUAAUUCAAGCUUUGCGAUGGACUAGUGAAAAUAUUGGGUUCUUUGGUGGUGACCCACUAAGAAUAACUGUUUUUGGAUCUGGUGCAGGCGGUUCAUGCGUCAAUCUGUUGACUUUAUCCCAUUAUUCUGAAGGACUAUUUCAAAGAGCAAUAGCUCAAAGCGGAACAGCUCUCUCCAGCUGGGCAGUUAGUUUUCAGCCUGCAAAAUACGCCAGGAUGUUGGCUACAAAAGUUGGUUGCAACAUGUCAGACACUGUAGAAUUGGUAGAAUGUCUACAGAAGAAGCCUUACAGAGAACUUGUCGACCAGGACAUCCAACCAGCAAGAUACCAUAUAGCCUUUGGACCAGUAAUUGAUGGCGAUGUGAUACCAGACGAUCCUCAGAUAUUGAUGGAACAAGGAGAAUUCCUCAAUUACGACAUCAUGUUGGGAGUUAACCAAGGGGAAGGGUUAAAAUUUGUUGAAAAUAUUGUGGACAGCGAAGACGGCAUAUCAGCUAGUGAUUUUGACUUUGCAGUUUCUAAUUUUGUCGAUAACCUAUACGGAUACCCCGAAGGCAAAGAUAUAUUGAGGGAAACUAUUAAAUUUAUGUACACGGACUGGGCGGAUCGACACAAUCCUGAGACCAGGAGGAAAACGCUGCUGGCUUUGUUUACUGACCACCAGUGGGUUGCACCGGCCGUGGCUACAGCAGAUCUUCACUCAAAUUUCGGAUCGCCUACGUAUUUCUAUGCCUUCUACCAUCAUUGCCAGACAGAUCAGGUACCUGCAUGGGCAGAUGCAGCGCACGGAGACGAGGUUCCUUACGUACUAGGAAUCCCCAUGAUUGGUCCUACUGAAUUAUUUCCUUGUAAUUUCUCCAAAAAUGAUGUCAUGCUAAGUGCAGUGGUGAUGACGUACUGGACGAACUUUGCAAAAACUGGUGACCCAAAUCAGCCAGUGCCGCAAGAUACAAAAUUCAUCCAUACAAAACCAAAUCGUUUUGAAGAAGUAGCAUGGACCAGAUAUUCUCAGAAAGACCAACUCUACCUUCACAUUGGAUUAAAACCACGAGUUAAAGAACAUUACAGGGCCAAUAAAGUGAACCUCUGGUUGGAACUGGUACCUCAUCUGCACAAUCUUAACGACAUUUCACAGUAUACCUCUACCACAACUAAAGUGCCAUCAACUGAUAAUACUUUCAGACCAACGAGGAAAAAUUCUGUUUCUGUGACUUCAGCCUUUCCUACAGCCAAACAGGAUGAUCCCAAACAACAACCAAGCCCGUUUUCAGUGGAUCAAAGGGACUAUUCAACAGAAUUGAGUGUUACUAUUGCAGUCGGUGCAUCUUUGCUGUUCCUGAACAUUUUGGCCUUUGCAGCAUUGUACUACAAAAAAGACAAGCGGAGACAUGAUGUUCAUAGGAGAUGUAGCCCACAACGUACUACUACCAAUGAUCUUACCCAUGCACAAGAAGAGGAGAUAAUGUCCCUCCAAAUGAAGCACACUGACUUGGAUCAUGAAUGUGAGUCCAUCCAUCCACAUGAGGUGGUUCUUAGGACCGCCUGUCCCCCAGACUACACGCUAGCUAUGAGAAGGUCUCCUGAUGACAUUCCCUUAAUGACACCCAACACCAUCACAAUGAUCCCCAACACUAUACCAGGGAUUCAACCCCUACACACAUUCAAUACAUUUACCGGAGGACAGAACAAUACUCUGCCCCAUCCUCAUCCCCACCCCCAUUCACACUCAACAACCAGGGUAUAG